AGUCGACUAUGAGCUGCUAGUGUCAGGGCCUUACCAUGGACUUGUACAAAGCAGCGUUUCUCCUGGGAGCCUUGAUCUGCACUGUUAGUGGUAGCGAGGUGGACGGCUACUCCAAAACUGAAGGGGCAUCGAUCAUUUCACUGCGUAAAAGACAGUAUUCAGCUAACACUGUAGCUGACUGUGCCACCAAAUGUAACUCUGAAACAUCCUUCACAUGCAAGUCUUUCAUAUACAUUGAAAAGGAUCAAGAUUGUUGGACAGCAGGAGCAAACUCUAAAACAGAGAUCAUUCUGCGUAGAACCAGCACAGCUUUAUAUGAAAAAAGUGAAUAUCUUCUGGAGUGUGUAAAUGGAAUAGGAACAGAUUACAGAGGAACAAAGAGCAGAACAAAAUCAGGAAAGGUGUGUCAGAGAUGGGAAGCAAAAUAUCCACACAGGCCCAACAUCACACCACAGAGUCAUCCCCAAGGAGACCUGGAGUCCAACUUCUGCAGGAACCCUGAUGGGGACAGCGGGGGACCUUGGUGUUACACCACUGACUCCAACACCCGCUGGGAGCACUGCAAUGUGGCCAGCUGCACUGAGGACUGUAUGCACUGCAGCGGUGAGGACUACAGAGGAAAAAUCUCCACCACUGAAAACGGCUUCACCUGCCAACGCUGGGACUCUCAGAAGCCUCACAACCACGGCUACAAUCCCAGCGCUCUUCCAGAGAAGUAUCUUGAGCAGAACUACUGCAGAAACCCAGACGGAGAUCCCCGCCCGUGGUGCUUCACCACCAGCCCGUCCAAACGGUGGGACUUCUGUACCAUACCCCGCUGCACAUCAGAGCCACCCACUAUCACCCCAGAGCUGACUUGUGCCUCCGGUGAAGGUGCAGCGUAUCGAGGCACCGUUGCUGUAACUGAAAGUGGAAAAACAUGCCAGAGCUGGUCGGCUCAGACGCCGCAGAAACACAACCGUACCCCAGACAACUAUCCCUGCAAGGGCCUGGACAAUAACUACUGCCGUAACCCUGACAACGAGAGGAUGCCCUGGUGCUACACCACUGACCCAGACACUCGCUGGGAGUACUGCAAUGUUUCAAAAUGUGGAGAUGCACCAGGACCAGACGAGCCAGUGAUCCCCCCAGAUGAUGAUGAUGACUGUUAUGAGGGAAAUGGGUCUAGUUAUCGGGGCAUUACUUCAGAGACCAUCAGUGGGAAAAAAUGUCAAGGCUGGAGCUCCAUGACUCCUCACAACCACAACAAAACUCCCAGGAACUUCCCCUCAGCCGACCUCAGGAGGAAUCUGUGCAGGAACCCCGACGGAGAUCGAGCUCCCUGGUGUUACACUACAGACCCCAGAGUCCGCUGGGAGUACUGCAACUUGGAGAAAUGCACUUCAGGAGCACCACGCACCACUCCUAGACCAGCCAGACCCACCCAGACACCAGCAGAGAGAGACUGUAAAAUUGGAAACGGAGACACAUACCGCGGUCCAACUUCUAUCACAAUACUGGGAGUGACUUGCCAGGCGUGGAGUGCUCAGAGCCCUCACCAACACAACAGCUUCACCCCACAGACUCACCCCACCAAGGGUCUGGAGGGCAAUAGCUGCAGAAACCCAGACAGCGAUGUGAAUGGACCGUGGUGCUACACUACGGACAGGAACAAGAAAUGGGACUACUGCCAGAUCCCUGACUGUGCUGGACUGAACUGUGGGAGUCCAGUUACUAAACCGAAGCGAUGUUUUGGUCGUAUUGUUGGUGGCUGUGUGUCUAAGCCUCACUCAUGGCCUUGGCAGAUCAGCCUUCGGACCAAUACAGGAGUCCAUUUCUGUGGAGGAACUCUGAUUCACCCUCAGUGGGUCGUUACUGCUGCACACUGCCUGGAGAGGUCCAAGCGGCCUGCAGCCUAUAAGGUGCUCCUGGGUGUCCACACAGAGAGAGCCAGUGAGCCGUCAAAACAAGAGAGGAACCUGGAGAAGCUGGUGCUGGGACCCAACGGAGCUGACAUCGCUUUGCUCAAACUAGAAAGACCUGCGCUCAUAAACGACAAAGUGCUGCCAGCUUGUCUGCCAGAUAAGGACUUUAUUGUUCCCAGUGGGACUGAGUGCUACGUUACUGGAUGGGGCGAGACUCAAGGAACGGGAGGUGAAGGCAUCCUGAAGGAAACUGGUUUCCCUGUGAUCGAGAACAAGAUCUGUAACCGUCCCUCCUACCUGAACGGCAGAGUCAAAGACCACGAGAUGUGUGCUGGAAACAUCGAGGGAGGAACAGACAGUUGCCAGGGCGACAGCGGAGGCCCUCUAGUGUGUAACGCCCAGAACAAGUUUGUCCUGCAGGGCGUCACAUCGUGGGGUUUGGGCUGCGCCAACGCCAUGAAACCCGGCGUCUACGCUCGAGUCUCUAAGUUUGUCGACUGGAUUGACAGAACCAUCAAAGCCAAUUAAAAACGACUCACCUGAAAAUGUGAGUGGUUUCAGGAAGCGAAUGUACGUUGUGCUUUUUGAGGAUGUCUUAACCUUAGUGGUUUGCUGCAACAUGACUUGUGUUUGUAGGCUCGUAUUAUCUGAUGUCAGAACGUGUUUGGUUUUCUGUGGUGGAAGCACAACAAGCGCAGUAUAUUACUGGUUUUAACAUGGAAAGGUCUGUUCUCUGUCAGAGCUAAAAAAUAAAACUUUGUACGAAGAAUAUGAGGAAAGUCAUACUUUAUAGAGAACGUCUAGAGAGGAACUUCCUUGUUUUUGAGCCGCUAAGUGAAAUAAAAGACAAUCAAACAGUU